AAUAAGGCCGAUCAGGUGAAACCCGAGGAACUGUUAAGAGUACAGAGUGCGUUGAUCUGGAACAUCUCGCCACUGAUGUCCUCUGCACAGCCGCCGGUCAUGUACACUGUAUCACUGUGGUCCAACCCCUAUGAAGUUGGAGCCCCUGUCCGUCUGCUACAGGCACAGGAACGUACGCUCCUGCUGGAUUUGGGUCAGGCGAUCGAGAAAAGAAUCGAAAACAAAAUCGCCAGCGCUCGUCGGUUUGCGGUGCGUGUUCGCAAUCAUGCUAAAAUGGUGGACUGCUAUCUGACCACCUAUUACAACCACAAAACGCUGUUCGGUAACAAGAAACAGAUUUCGGAGAAGAUCAUUGCCAGCCCGCAGGAUUACCAUAUCUACGAGGGCCUGUCCACCCUUACCAAUAUCUCGAGAUACGAUCUACCAGAUCCGGAAGUGUAUCGCGAUUUCUUCCAUCUGAAUCCGUUGUACGAGUUCAAGAAGUUAUCGGAAACAUGCACCUAUUUCCGUGGCUGUCCAAUCAACAAGCUGGACGUCGCCAUUGCCUACGAGCUUCCUGAGCUGGUCGGCAAGUACAAGAAGAUGUCCCAAGCUGCCCUCACCAAGCUGGAUGCACUCACAUCAACGUCCGAUUUUGCCAAAGGGAAAUCGACUAGUUGAGUGGAGAGUAUCGAUAUCGACGAUCGAAGAAAACAUGCAUUCAGCGCGUAAUGUUAAUGUAGAGUAGUAUGUUAUAUUUAUUUUUAUCCUUGCUAACCACUCGCCAUCGUCAAAGAUUUAGGCCUUGCUGGAAUUUUGCUAUUGGGAUGCGAACUACAAAUAGGCUGUACCGUGGGUCCUAUUUUAGUUUGAAUCACGAAUCAAUCUCUUUCUAGUCUGCAGCAGUCCUCCCAGUACGAAUCAGAUAAGUUUUCUACAGUUUCACCACUGCUGCUCGUUGCUUAUGUUCGCCGUUAAGCUCUUUCGAAUAAUUUUGGUGCAGUUAUUUUCAUAUUUUGCUACGCUUCUCUGAUUAUUUUGGCUGAACUCAUCAUUAAGCGAUAGAAGAAGGCCGCUAAAACGGAUCGAUCCUUAGCCCCUGUUUGCUAAUGUGAUAGUGAAUGCUCCGAUCUUCAGCAAACACAUGGCAUGGAUUUUGUUCCAGCAAGCGGAUAAGACACGUGGUUCAAGCGGUUGCAGAUGAAAUCAAACGUAAACGAAUAAAUGUUCACGUAAUAUGAGCAUCCGUUCCAGACUGAUUGAGAGAAGGGAAAAUGAAAGGGAAAAAGUACAGGCAGAAUAAUCGCCCGAGUGCAGAAUCGGAUCGUAAUAACAAAAAAGCCAAUAAAAAUUGUGAAAAUGAUUGACAACGGAAA